AUGCUGGUGACCUAUUUGGAAGCCAGCCGGGACCUUUGCGAGACGGAUUCAAUUCGUUUUGGCGCCGCACUGGCAGUAUGCCGUAUUAUUGGCGCCAAACUUCCCGUAGCUGGACGUGCUACUCAAAAAAGUAGCGCCAUCCCAGCCUGGAGAAAAAGAAUUGAGGACCGUAUCGCAAAGGCAAGGGCCCUUAUCGGCAGACUGACAAGCUUCAGGUCGGGUAAUAAUAGACCGAGGAUUAUGCGCACCGUUAGGAUGGCGUUUGCUGGGACAAAUAUCAGUUUGUUCCAGCCGGAUUUCACGCAAAAACUAACGGAGCGUAUAGAUGACCUGAAGCAAAAAAUCGCUGCUUGGGGAAAGCGGAUUCGACGAUUUAGCGAGAGGUCAAGGCGGUUCAACCAGAAUUGUCUCUUCCAGAGUGAUCAGAAGAGGCUCUAUAUAUCAUUGGAGCGACCAGAGGUAUGUGGAGCGGGCCCAGGACCGGAUCAGGCUGACACUGUCGCAUUUUGGCGUGGCCUGUGGUCAGAGCCCGUAAACCACAGCGAGGGCCCUUGGAUGGAAGUUGUGGCGAGCCAGAGUGCAAGUGUUACGCCUAUGGACCCCGUCACCAUAACGCCUGAAGACGUGGCUGAGGCGAACUAUAGCUGCGGAACUGGAGGUGGAAUUAGCAGUCGAACCGACAGCGGAACCGGCAGUGGAACAAAUGGUGAAACUGGUGGUAAACCAACAAUUCCGCCACCACCUGUUCCACUGCCGGAACCGGCAGUGGAACUGGCAGUGGAACCGGCAGUGGAACCGGAAGUGUCGCCGCCACCUGUUCCAAAGCCGGAACCGGCAGUAGAACCGGCAGUAGAACCAGCAGUGGAAAUGGCAGUGGAACCGGCAGUGGAACCGGAAGUGUCGCCGCCACCUGUUCCACAUCCGGAACCGGCAGUGGAACCGGCAGUGGAUCCAGCAGUGGAACCGGCAGUGGAACCGGAAGUGUCGCCGCCACCUGUUCCAAAGCCGGAACCGGCAGUGGAACCGGCAGUAGAACCAGCAGUGGAAACGGCAGUGGAACCGGCAGUGGAACCGGCAGUGGAACUGGCAGUGGAACCAGCAGUGGAACCGGCCAUGGAACCGGAAGUGUCGCCGCCACCUGUUCCACAGCCGGAACCGGCAGUGGAACCGGCGGUGGAGCCGGAAGUGUCGCCGCCACCUCUUACAAAUCCGGAACCGGCAGUAGAACCGGCAGUGGAACAAGCAGUGGAACCGGCAGUGGAACCGGCAGUGGAUCCAGCAGUGGAACCAGCAGUGGAACCGCCAGUCGAACCGGCAGUUGAACCGGCAGUGGAACCGGAAGUGUUGCCGCCACCUAUUCCACAUCCGGAACCGGCAGUGGAACCAGCAGUGGAACCGGCAGUGGAACCGGCAGUGGAACCGGCAGUGGAACCGGAAGUGUCGCCGCCACCUAUUCCACAUCCGGAACCGGCAGUGGAACCGGCAGUGGAACUGGAAGUAUUGCCGCCACUUGUUCCACAUCCGGAACCGGCAGUGGAACCGGCAGUAGAUCCAGCAGUCGAACCAGCAGUGGAACCGGCAGUGGAACCGGAAGUGUCGCCGCCACCUAUUCCACAUCCGGAACCGGCAGUGGAACCGGCAGUGGAACCGGCAGUGGAACCGGCAGUGGAACCGGAAGUGUUGCCGCCACUUGUUCCACAUCCGGAACCGGCAGUGGAACCGGCAGUGGAUCCAGCAGUGGAACCAGCAGUGGAACCGGCAGUGGAACCGGCAGUGGAACCGGCAGUGUGGAACCAGCAGUGGAACCGGCAGUGGAACCGGCAGUGGAACCGGCAGUGGAACCGGGUGGAACCGGAAGUGUCGCCGCCACCUAUUCCACAUCCGGAACCGGCAGUGGAACCGGCAGUGGAACCGGCAGUGGAACUGGAAGUAUUGCCGCCACUUGUUCCACAUCCGGAACCGGCAGUGGAACCGGCAGUAGAUCCAGCAGUGGAACCAGCAGUGGAACCGGCCGUGGAACCGGCCGUGGAACCGGCAGUGGAACCGGCAGUGGAACCGGCAGUGGAACCGGCAGUGGAACCGGAAGUGUCGCCGCCACCUAUUCCACAUCCGGAACCGGCAGUGGAACCGGCAGUGGAACCGGUAGUGGAACUGGAAGUGUUGCCGCCACUUGUUCCACAUCCGGAACCGGCAGUGGAACCGGCAGUAGAUCCAGCAGUGGAACCAGCAGUGGAACCGGCCGUGGAACCGGCAGUGGAACCGGCAGUGGAACCGGCAGUGGAACCGGCGGUUGAACUGGUGGUGGAACCGGCAGUUCCGCCGUCACCUGUUCCACUGCCGGAACCAACAGCGGAACCGGCAGUGGAACAGGUGGUGGAACUGCCAGUUCCGCCAGUUCCAGAACCAACUCCAUCGCCGUACUUAUCGCCAUAUUGA